UCCUGGAGAGGUGAGCACCACUCCGGCUGACGCUCAUCCUCUCGACGCGGCUCCUCCUCUCUAGAGGACGCGCGGACUCGGUUGGAGCUCCAGGUGCAUUUUCACUCACAAAAAAAUAACAAACCUUUUCUGCCGUUCUGUUUGCCGACGUGACACCUAGAAGCGGCACUUUGGACCCGACCGAGCCGGACUCAAAGGCUUUGAUAUAUAAUUUUAUUAUUAUUAUUAUUAUUAUUAUUAUUAUUAUUUUCUACGGCGUCCGUUGGAUGGUUUAGCAGGUUCACUCUCUGUGGCGCCACCACCUGCACUCUAUCAAGGCGACGCUCCUGUUAGAGAGCCUCAGCAUCACUCUGCAUUCCUGUGGACGGAGCCGGAUUCCUCAAAGGUGCAGCAAGAUGCUGGGUGCGCAGCCUGUGUACGGACUAAAGCUCUUGCUGGCCCUGAUAAUGCUUCAUACAGCCGAUUCAGGUUUAACCAGUGCUGACACUGUGGUGAAUAUGCGGAAGGUGACUCAUCAGACCAUUACCGAGGAGCUGUCUAAGACGGUGCUGCUCCCUUGCCUCUUCACCCUUCGCCCUGGUGCCAGCUCUUUCCCCGAGCCCCCCAGGAUCAAAUGGACCAAGGUUUGGGGUCAGCGAGGCUCCGACGGCCUGCAGAAGGAGCAGUCGGUCCUGGUGGCCAAAGACAGUGUGGUCAAGGUGAAAAAGGCCUUCCACGGUCGUGUGUCACUGCCCGGGUACAGUAAGGACCGCUACAACGCUAGCCUUGCUCUGACUGGGUUGCGGUCCAGCGACUCUGGACUUUAUCGCUGUGAAGUUGUGGUGGGCAUCAAUGAUGAGCAGGACACCGUUCCACUGGAGGUCACAGGUGUAGUGUUCCACUACCGGGCCCCUCACGAUCGCUACGCCUUGUCCUUCGCUGAUGCCAAGAGGGUUUGCAUAGAGAACUCGGCUACCAUUGCAACACCUGGCCAGUUGCAAUCAACUUUUGCCGAUGGCUAUGAGAACUGUGAUGCCGGCUGGCUGGCAGACCAGACUGUACGGUAUCCCAUCCAGUCACCUCGGCCCGGCUGCUAUGGUGAUCGGGAGGACUCACCCGGUGUGCGUAACUAUGGCAAUAGGGCUCCUGAUGAGCUGUUUGAUGUCUACUGCUUUGCAAAAAAACUUCAAGGUGAAGUGUUCUACUCCACGGUGCCAGAGAAACUGAGCCUGGCCGCCGCCUCCACCCACUGCCACUCUCUGGGAGCCCAACUGGCCACCGUCGGGCAGCUCUACUUGGCUUGGCAGGCUGGUCUUGACCAGUGUGAUCCCGGUUGGCUGGCCGACGGCAGCGUCCGUUACCCCAUCAACGUCCCACGGAAGAACUGUGGCGGAGACGAGCCCGGGGUGCGGACGGUCUACAACAACCCAAACCGCACCGGCUUCCCGGACACCACCGCCCUCUUCGACGCCUUCUGCUACAGCGCCCAUCAGCCAGCAGCGAUCCAGGCUUCUGAGGCGAAGGCUUCGUUCCAGCCUCGGAGACCAGCAUUGGAGGCCUCAUCUUUAGUCACUGAAGCCCAGAGACGGGGCCCCUCCGCCCGAACGUCCACCUGGGCUGACUGGUUUUCCUUAAACAAAACCGUAAGCCCCUCGUUUAGUAAGAACGACGAGUCGUCCGAGACAUCCGAAGAGCAUGAUUUAAUAGACUUGAAGCCUGAGGAAAAGUGGGAUGAAAGACACAAUGGAUCCACGAUCGGCCCGAUAGACGCUUCUGAUGGAGCUGGCAGCAACAUCACUUCUGGCUUCCAGGACCUCGAAAGUGCAGAGAGGCGUGGGGUUUCAGCUCAUGAGGACCUGGAUCGCAGUUAUCUUGGAUCAGACGCGCCAGUGUUGUCCUCCGUUGAUUCUUCCACCCCUCAGCCUCAGGCAAGUUACAGUCUUCUCACUGAAUUUGUUAACACUCUCAUGAGGCCCUUUAAGUUCUGGACAGGGAGCAAAGGGACUGACAAGACAGAGAGGGGACCCACACUGCCUGAGGAAAGCGCUGCAGAGAAUCAAACGCAGGGAGAGGCGUUUGGCAAAAAUCUGAGUAUCCCUAAACCCGGUGGAAACAAGGGCAGCAUGGACAAUGCCAUCCUGGAGCACAGAAGUGGCACUUUCCCCCUCAGGGCUCCCAAAAGCGGACUGCAGAAUUCAGAAAAGGGGCUGUCAGAGCAGGAAAAAGAGCUGAUGCCUCUCAUUAACCUGGUGCCUACGAUCCAAAAUGCCGAGCAGAAGCCCAGCAGCGCUCACGGAGGAACCAGCUCGAUCAAUGACAACCUGCAAUCCACGUUUAAUGAAUUUCUUCCUUCUGAUCCCAUUGAGAAUUCCUCACCUUACAAACAUGUCAACAAAUCUGGCCUUCAGGGUUCCAAGCAAGGCCAUUUCCUUGCUUCCGUCUCCAAUGCUCACUUCCAUUGGCCAAUUAAGUCAGAAAAUGGUCCCAAACGAGGUCGUCCUGAAAAUGUGGCCUACCUGGAUGAGCAAGAAUCUUGGGAGCCAAAAGAAUCUAAAGCAGGACCUCUGGAGUUGAUGACGCUGCCUGACUCCCUUCAUCAGGAGAACCUGGAGAACUACUCAGGUGAAGGCAAAGAUCAGGAUCUAGAAGGUGCUUUGACUGACAAAGGCAGAGCUGUAUCAGGAGAAGAGAAAGACGUGGAGGGAAGUGGAAAUGGAAGCAGCUUUCCGGCUGGCUUUGAAGUGAAAGUCAACACACUGUCCAGCAUUGGUGUCAAAUUAAGUCCCACAUACAAAGUUUCACCCAAACCAAGCAGUUUUGUGACAGUGGGAGAACACACUACUCUGUCUCAGUGGCUGCUGGUUAAUCAACCCACCACCUCUCCUCAGGGUGCCAUGGAGUCAGACACAGCUGAGGAGGCAAAGGGAGAGAUACUGUAUGUCCACAGACCAACUGAGAUGCUCUCUCUGCCGUCUUCUUUGCAAACACAAGAUGAGAGUAAAGAUAUGGGGAUGGCUUCCACACCUGCAGCUCUGCUGGAGGUACUGACAUCUUCUGAGGUGACCACAGUGGAGCCUUUGGCCACAGAGCCACUCAGAACAUAUCCUGCCACCACAGUCCUUAUCUCAGAAAAUACUUCAGACACCUCUUCUACAGAGGAAGCAUCUAUUUCCAUUUCAUGGGUUCAGGAAAAGCAGAACAUUAGUGUACCGGACCAGCAAAACCUUCUCUCUGUGACUCUGUUGCCUACUGAAGGAGCUCAAACUGGAGUCGUUCAAUUGAGCACCAAAGCCAUAAACUCUGAAAUUGGCCUGACAGAAAUGGAAUCCAGAUCUGCAGUCACUGAAUCUUUUGUUGUGGGAAGUGUCCGGACACCUUCCACAGAGUCAAAACCAGAGGAACACAAAACCACAGAGGCUACAGAGGACAAGGAUGCUAGCAACCCGUUUGGCAGUCUCGUACCUGACUGGGCUUUCGGCCUCAUUCCAUCAGUGGAGAGUAACCCGUGUCAGACCAGCCCCUGUCUCCAUGGCGGAAGCUGCCUGGAGGAAGGCGAUAGCUACAGCUGCUACUGUCCUCAGGGCUACUCUGGAGAGAACUGCGAGAUCGACAUUGACGACUGCCAGUCUAAUCCGUGCCAGAACGGAGGAACCUGCAUCGAUGAGAUCAACUCCUUUGUGUGCCUCUGCCUGCCCAGCUACGGCGGAGCUACUUGCGAAAAAGACAUCGAGGGCUGCGAGCACUCGUGGAGAAAGUUUCACGGCCACUGCUACAGGUAUUUCAGCCGCAGACACACCUGGGAGGAUGCCGAGAAGGACUGCAGGGAGCACAGCGGUCACCUGGCCAGCAUCCACACUGCAGCAGAGCAGAAUUUCAUCAGAGGUCUGAGCCACGACAAUACCUGGAUUGGGCUGAACGAUCGUACAGUGGAGGAUGACUUUCAGUGGACGGACAAGACAGACCUGCAAUACGAAAACUGGCGGGAAAACCAGCCUGACAAUUUUUUUGCCGGAGGAGAGGACUGCGUGGUAAUGAUCGCCCACGAGAACGGCAAAUGGAACGACGUGCCUUGCAACUACAAUCUGCCCUACGUCUGCAAGAAGGGAACAGUGCUUUGCGGCGCCCCUCCCAGCGUGGACAACGCCUUUCUAAUUGGUCGGAAGCGUUCCCACUACGACAUCCACUCCAUAGUGCGCUACCAGUGCGGCGACGGCUUCCUGCAGCGCCAUGUUCCCACUGCUAAGUGUCGUGCCAACGGCAAGUGGGACCGACCCAAAAUCAUCUGCAUAAGAUCUCGGCGGGCCCACCGUUACCGACGCCACCACCACAAGGCGAGGAGGGAGCGCAGGAAGCACAAGCGGCAUGGCCACAGAGAGGGGGGACACCACGGAGGGGAGUUCAACCAAGGCCACAACCACGUCCGUUUCUGAACCAAAAAACACAAGAAAAAAGAUUGGCACCCUCUUUUUUUUUUUCUUUUUUUUCCUCCCUGCUGCAACCUGCAGCUUGCCUGUCUCCCCGUUGUCCUCAUUUCCCCAAAUACCACUUCAAACUCUCAGCCCAUAAACUCCCUGCCCCCCUUUCUGUUCUGCCCUUACUCCCCCACCCACCUCCUCACCCCCUGGUGCACAGAGGCAACCUGCUUAUUACUCCCCUCUGAGGCCUGCCAAAGUGCUGCCAAGGUAUAGCCAGGACUCUUAACAACCACAUUGACAUCCCUUCUUCUUCCUUUUCUUUGUUUCAUUUUUGGGCUCCAGCUCCUUUGUCUGUCCUCUCACAUGUUCCAGUAACUCUCCCUUUGAGCUCAGCCCUUGACCUGUUUUUUUUUUUGUUUUUUGGGUUUUUUUGAGUACGAAAAGAAAAAAAAAAUUUUAGUUUGAGUAUGGACUUUGUUUGGCGAGAAGUGGUUUUAGUAUGAACUGUAAAUAGGGGUGACAUCACUGAAAAUGCCGUAUCAAAGUCAGACGAGUCAAUGGGAGACGUCAAGAUAUUGACUUGAGCCUUUUGUCUAUCGAACAGUUAUUUUUUACAAAUGCUCUGUGUUUAUCUCCUGAUCCUGCUGCUUUUCCGUUUGCCCCUUUGUAAGACACUGCUGCGGACUCGCAGCGCCGCCGCCGCUGCGUCGUUCUGAUACAGAUUUCGCUGAUUUUUCAACCAGAGGCGGUUGUAAUUGAGUUAUUUGAUUGUUAGCGUUGUAUUUUUCUUGUCAGUGUGAGACAGUUGCUUUAGAUCAGAUGAUGAAAGCCCAGAGGAAAAAUGGAUAAUGGCUCCGAUUUCUGGCUCACCUAAAUAAAUCAUCUGAGGCAUCCCGAACGGUUGAAGGUGUGCCAACACCUUCUCUCCCCACCCACUCCCUAUCACUUCCAGGGUUAACCUGCACAUUUGAUACCGAUUGUCUCAACUCAGCUCAAAACUUCCACAUUUGUUUUCUGUUCUCAUAAAGGGGAAGUAGAACGGUGAGGGUCAUAAGAUUUAGACAGUCUUCCUGCUCCAUGUGAAGAUAUCUUGAGUCACUGUGAUUUCAUCUGCUGAACUUAAGCGAAUUUAACUUAAGCUAACAUUUAAGUGAGUAACUAAAAUCCCAACACAGAAGUUCCAGUGAAAAGUUUUCAAACGUUCGUCGUGCCAGAAAUAUCACUGCAAUAUGGAUUUAGUAUGAAAAUAUGAUGCAACAAUUAGUUGCACAAGUAAAAAUGUCCAGUGGAUUUUCUCAAACUCAUCCGUCUGUUCAUUCGUUUGUCUUGUCCAGAUCACCUAAACAAGCUUCAGCGAUUUAACAGUCGCACUCAGACGACGGAAAAUCAAUUUGGAUGUUCAGAGAAAAUGAUAAACCAACUCAUGUUCAAGCUUUCCAUAAUGAGAAAUCUGCUGGAAACGGUACAGAUGAUGUUCAGAUGGAAAUCAUGAUUAAUAUUUUUUUUAAAGGACAGAUUCUUCGUUGGCUACUGGGUCUGGUUGCUGCAAGGUGAAGCAGAAACACUGUGACGGUUGUGAAUUAUUGGUUUACUCAUCACAAGUCACACAAUUGUCACAGCGUUCUACAUGAUCACGUUUUACUUUUGUCAUUCAGCCCUAUUGUACACAUAAAUGACUAAAUAGACGACUACCUACAAAUUACUUUAAUUUAGCUCAAGUCACAAGCUAGCUCAAACUUGGAAGAGUUGGGGUUUUUUAACAGAAUAGUGAUAAAGCAUAUUUCCAUUUCUCAAAUCUAAGUCUUCUAUGGAUUCAAUAAAAUCUCCAAUGAAUUCACACCUGUGCACCCAAUUCUAGUUUCAGAAAACCCUUGAGUCGCUGUUAUCAGUCUACUCUGGAAAAAGUGAGUUGAGUUCAAAUAAUGCAAAAAUUCAAAUGCAUUCAUCUUGAUGUUGAGUCUAUAUAAGCUUCUAAUAUGACAGGUAGACUGAAGGUAAGACACACAAUCAAAUCUAAUUGGAGCAAAUGUACUUUAUACCUCCACUGUACAGGAAAUGUUUGUGCUUUUUUUUUCAUAAAAAGGAAACAGAUGGUUUCCCCAAUCAGCUGUUUUUGAGAUAACCAACUUAUCAAACUGAUUUUCCUGAGUGUUUUAUGUAAGAAACCAUCUCAUGUUUCAUCAAAGUAAAUACAUCCAAUCCCCAUUUGUUUUGUUUUUUUGUUUUUUGUUCUCUUUCUUUAUAAUCAAUCUUCAAACACACUGAUAUGAUAUAACCUCUUUUUCGUGGCUUACAGAUGAGGUGGAUUUCUGGAUCACCAGUAAAAUUCACUGCAGUCCUGUUUCUUGUGUUAACUUUCCUACUGACAUGUACUUAGUGUUGCUCUAGCAACUAAAAUGACAAAAAAAGUGAAGACAGAUCCAACAUGAUUUUAUCAGAUAAGUUACACAUCACAUUAGGUUGCUCAAUAAUAUUUGCUUUUAUCGAUUGUCGGUAAAAUUAUCUCCCCCCAACAGCUGAUUGAGUUGAACAGACCUAACCAACUCAGACAUACACUGACUGAUGUGAAGCCAUUUGUCAGAGCUGUACUGACUGACUGGGGUCGAACAUUAUCACAGGGAAUAUGAAGCUGUAUCGUUGAGUGUAGGAACUCGGCGUUCAUGUGUUUUUACGAUACGAAAGAGUGAUGGCGGCUGAGGCCGUUGUUGACCAUGGAAAGGGUCAGUGAGGUUAAGGCUUGCUGUUUCUGAGUCAGACAGAAACUCCCACCUGAAGAUGGCCGUGCCGCGUGUUGUGCUUUAAAGAGGAGAUUGAGGUGGACUGAACAAAAAAAGAAAGAAAGAACGCUUUGCUCUGUCUUCUCUCAGCUUUACUGUCCAGAUAAAUCGUUGCUCUUCUUUUUAAAGCCGACCCUCGAGGUUUGUGCUUGUGGGAUUAUGACCCUCAUUCUGGCAUGUCUAGCUUUGAUGUUUCUUUAUCUUUUGCUGGAUCUUUUUUUCUUACUCCUUUAGUACCUAUGUGCUUUUGAAGGAUUCAUCCAUCUUUGCCGAUCCACUUUCCUCUUCUUUUUUACAAUUUUAUUUUGAACAGAACGUUAAUGUUUUCAGUACUGUAGCUUCCACCUGAGGCUGCAUGGAUCAGAAUUUUGAGCCCAAUUUAUUUAUUUAUUUUUGGUGGUUUUUGUAAAACUAGUACUUACAGAUCCUGACUUAAGCUGAUUUAAGGUCUUUUUGUACAGAGAGAAGAGGAAGACAUGCAGUAAAUGGUAAAACUAAGUUGCACUGAUCACUGUAGCCUCAGCAUAUGGUGCCUGUGCUCCAUACGCAAAGCACUACAAAGCCAUGUAGUGCUUUGUCUUUUGUAUCGUUAUAUUAGCAAAGAGGGCAGUUAGCAUGGCUAUCAUUGCAAAAAUAUGCCUGUGUCUGAAGGUAUAUUUGUAGUAUAACUUUGUCAUCCUACAGAGACAGGAGUGGAAAGCUCAAAAGGAUGAGAACAGCUUACCUACUUUCUGCUGAAUGUCUUGCUCUCGCUCGCUUUCUUGCAGCCUGGACUUACCACGGACUUGUCUCAACGUGUCUUUGAGAAAAUAAAUCUUAAACAGCUUCUUACAUUUCUGAGCAUCAUUUUAACCACGCAAAAUAACCUAAAAUUAGCUUUCAGUCUUCUUUGCCCAGUUGCAUCCUGACUGCCUCAGUACGGCACAUUCCUCAGUCAGAAUAAGAUGAGAUUUUUCAGUUUCCAAACUCUUGUUCACCGGUCGGUCCCAGUCGGCCACCGGAUGAUUUCUCUACGUGCUACAUGUUAUGAGCAGCGUUGAGGCGAAGUCUGCUAUUUGCAGAUGAUAUCUUUGCCUUUGUUUGUCUCCUCUCACCUUGACUGGGACAACAACAGUAAUCGUACACCUUUGUAUCAGUUCAAUUAAUCUCCUGCAUGCCUAAUUAACAAGCUGCAUUAUCAGCCCAACCACAGAGCUGCCAUGACAGGGGAAGGGUAAUGCUGAUGGACAGUCAGAGGAGGGUACAUGGUGGCUGUCACAGCCAUCAAACCCCUGUUGCUCUGCAGAUGUCAGGCUGCUUUCUCUCCCCCUCCCUGCCCCCUGUCGCUCCUGUAAAAUAGAUUGACCAUGGGUGGGUGAACAGAAGGGCAGACAGACGACCCUCUCACUGCAGACUUGAUGCUUGAGAAACAGGGUAAUUACAGCUGGGUAAAGGUUCGGCCGCGUGACGAGACCUAAAAUAAAAUAAUGUGAUAAAGUUGCAAGAACCUGAGUUGAGCUCCGAGCCUAAAAUCCACGAGGCAAGCACGUUGAAGAAACCAAAAUCCAACGUGACUGAAGCGGAUCAUUUUGUAGCACAAAAACAGACCAUGGGAUCCUCACGCAGAGAUGCCCUCUUUUAAAUCCAGCCAUCAACGCUUCUCACAGGAAUACAAAACAAAAGCGUUUUUACCUCAAACAUGUUAAAUGAGCUCAAACACGCACACACACACACACACACACACACCAGUUCCUCCUCUGACUUCAAACACAGUGUUUGGUUCCUUUCAAAAUCCUCCUUUUAAUCUUCCUCACUCCCACUCGGCUCGCUUUUCCUCUCCAGGCGCUACAGUCGGAGGCCUGAGGGCAGACAAACACACAGCCACAAAGCCUUAUCAUUGCAAAUCAUAAUCAUAACAUCGAGCUUGUUAAGAUGUUUCGGCCAGCUGUCUCUCAGGUCAGAGGCGGGAGCGACUCCUUGGGGGAGCCGGUGGGUCCGUUUCUGCUCGUUGAGUCGAAGAGAGGUGUGAAAUGUUCGGGGCGUCUUCACGCCUGAAAUUUCACUAAUCAGCUCGAUUUUCAGUAUUUAGCUCUUUGAGAUGUGGCUAAAUAUGGAGGGGUUUUAACAAAAGGUCCAUCUGAAUCAAUCAAGCAAACAUGCAGCGGGUCAGUCGAAAGAUGGGCUGACACUCCACCUUGUCUGUUUGUCAAAAAGCAGCUUGAAGGAGGCGCAUGCAAUAAAAAAAGAGAGAGUCGGUAAUGACAGCAUGACAACAGCGAUGCAGUGGCUGCCGUCCUUCUUCAGUUGCACACAGACAGACUAUUGAUUUCAUGAUUAGGCAGUCUGUCUUGUUCUCUUAUUAAGUCUGUCAAUGGCAUCGACGGCGCAAUCGCAUCGACUGACUGCUGAGUGUUUUCUAAAUGACAGGAAAACAGACACAGUUCUCUGCGCGUUUCGUUGUUUUCACGGGUUUUCGUUUCCAUUCCGAACUCUCUUUCACUCCCAUUUCAUUCUCCCGGCCUUUCCCCUUGCGGUACCUGUGGAGCAUUACACCGCUGGAACUGAGCUGAGACGAUUUAUCAUUGUCAGGAAAGAAUGACUGAGACAAACGCAGUGCAGGAGCCGGUGACAGAUGUUUCCCCCUCUUUCCUCCGUUACAUAUCUCCUCACGCGUUACUCUAGUCCUUUCCUUACAAUCCAUUUAUACUCUGGGUGUGUUUGUUCGUUGCUUAGCCUCUCUGGGCCGCAUUCACACAGCCGGUGAAAGCUCUCCCGAAUCCCAGCUCCAUCUGAUUUUUUUCUCUUUCUUGCACACAGCCACAAAAACGCGCACACACACACACACACACACACACACACA